AUGGCAGAGACGGAAAUCCGCAUCUUUGUCUGGCGCGGGCGGGGUUUGAGCGACACAAAGUUCACACGCCAUGCCGCAAUAUUCUUCUUCAGCGUUCCAGGCGCCAGAACUGGGGACGCCUUCCAUACGUCUGGUUCCCCUCAAAAUUUCGCAUGUAUCAUUGGUUUGGCUGGCAGAAGGAUCUCACAACAAUCUGAUGCUGUUGUUACUCAUAGGCAAGGUGCAAGUUUUUAUAUAAUAAUUCACUUUCAUCUCAACGUCAAUGCCAUUGUGAUUCGGUUUGAAGCUUCUGGUAGUUCCAAUAGUGAAGAUUGGAUACCUGUGGGGAAGUUCGAAGAACAUGGGCAAGUUCUCCAAAUUCUUAAGCACUUUCGUGAUUAA